AUGGUAAACCAAUUUAGCAAAUUUACCACCAAUCUUGCUGACCUGACAAAGCCCAUCCGAGAACUGCUAGUUAAGAACACUGCGUGGACAUGGGAACCACCACAACAAGACGCUUUUGACAAAAUCAAGAAAGCCCUGACAUCAGCACCGAUACUAACCUUGUACGACCCCAACAAAGCAACCAAAAUAGCAGCCGACGCAUCAUCAUACGGCCUUGGAGCGGUGGUGCUGCAAGAAGAAGAACCAGACACCUGGAAACCUGUAUCAUUCAUUUCAAGAUCGAUGACAACAACCGAGGCUAGGUAUGCCCAGAUAGAGAAAGAAGCUCUAGCGGUAACUUGGGCAUGUGAACGGUCAAGCAAUUACAUAAUUGGAAAACCAAUAACAAUUGAAACUGACCACAAACUACUGGUACAUUUAUUAACCAACCAUACCAUCGACAAGUUACCUCCAAGACUACAGCGCUACAAGAUGAGACUAAUGAGAUUCCACAUCAAAGAUGUUCGACACGUACCUUGGAAAACUACACUACACAGCCGACACUCUGUCCAGGAAGAUACCUGA